UCCCCCUCCAGCCCACGGUUUCGACCUUCAGUGCAUCUCCUGUCCAUCAUGAGGCGUUCCCUGGUGGGCCUUCAGCUGUUCCUGGCCUGUGUCCUGGUGUGGGGGACCUCGGUGGAGGAGGAGAAAAAGGAAUGUUGUGGACCAGGAGUGCCCCCAGAAAAAAGUUGCUGCCCUAAAGAGAACUCCACUUCUCAAGAACCGGCAAAAGAGGGUCCAGAGGAACCCAAUUCGGAAGAACUGGAAGAAAACGCAAAGGAGUAUCGCGAACGGAUGCAGCGCAACAGUGAAAGCUCCUUUGAAUUCACAUUCUUGAAGGAACAAGCCAUGAAUUACUUCAACAAACGCAACCCUGAUACUUUCUACAGACCUAUAGAAGAUAUCAAUAUCAAAGUGCAGAGCGCCGUUGGCACUAUGCUGAGCUUCCCGCUAUUUUUGGUGAACACCAAUUGUACCAAAGAACAAGGCCGAGAGUCUGCAGUCCCGUGGUACAGGCGUCGAUCCUCAAAAGCGGCUCUGUGCGUGGCUUUGCCCAAGCAGGAACAGAAGAAAUGGAAAUGCAGAGUUCAUAUGUUUGUCGAUGCUCGGAGUCGACAAUCCGCCGUGGUGAGGCAGGACUGCGAGCCGGUGGUGGUUUGGGAAGACUCCACGGACACGGUGGAUGUGGACCACUUGAUGGAUUUUUCGGACGGCCCUUUCUUUUGAUGUCUCCCCGUUUCGUCCAUCGUUUCCGGGAAAUCGCUUAGACGCAAGGCCUCAAAAUUCUUCCCUGGAAAAAGGGAUCUAGUGCAGCUCCACUUCAGCCAAGAAUCCCCGGUAGUUCUCUGUCCCUUUCCUCCCCAAAUAGUUGUGAAGAUUAAAUUGCAUAAACGUUGCCUUGUUGUUGUUUAA